AUGGGUGGCACUUCGAAAUCUCGCUUAACAGCGGAUGCUAUUUGUUCGAUGAUACCGGCUCAUGUUCUACAUUUGGCAGUGUCAAUCAAAAAUUUGAAUGAACUCAAAAUUGUUCUUGAGCGACUUGAACAUUUGUCAAGUGCCAGAUUCUUUUUCGAUCAUACGCCAUGUUUGAGUCAAUUUCACGAAUGGUUUAAAACGAAAAAACAAGGUCUGUCAUAUCGGACAGAGCGUUUCUCGCUGCACGUAUGGCUUGAAAAUAACAGCGUUCAGUCAAAUGAAGUGAGAGUUGGUAAUAAACGGAUCAAACUAGCUGAUGAUCAUCGUGACUCAUGA